UUUUAGCUCGUGAACGGAAGUAGACGUGUAGACGCGUUUAUAACGGUUUAGCGGACUCGGAGAAAUGACUAUAAUUUUCAAAAUUGAAAAUAACGAAAAUCUUUAUGGAAAAAUUUUGCUCGUAAACGAAAACGUUUAGGAUAAAUUAUACAAAGUUUUUAACGAAAAAAUGUGUGGUUUUAAGAAAAAAAAUAAUUUAUUAAAUAAAUUAAAAUAUGAAUUUAAACAAAAUGGAAUUAUAUUGUUAAAAAUUUAACGACAACAUCGGCAGCAUAUCAUAUAUCCCAAAAAAGCAACAACACUUAAUGUAAAUGUACAUAUUAAUUAUAAAUUUAAAAUAAUUAAAUAAAAAACGCAACUAAAAACAGUCAUGAGUUAAAAUUUACAACAAAUAAAUAAAAAAUUAAAAUAACAGUGAUAAGAAAUUAAAUAAAAGUGUGACAAACUGAAAAAAGUCUAUAAAUAAACAAAACAAAUACAAAAUAAAAUAUGGCAACAUUUAUAAACGAACAACAACAUCUUAAUAUCAUAAAUGAUAAAUCAAAACAAACAAAGCAGCACCAGCAACAACAACACCACUAUUACUACUUUGCCAACUAUACUACAGAAAAUAAAAAUGUCCAAGAGGAAAUCAGUGAUGGCAAUAAUGUUGAUGACUUUUAUCACAUAAAGCAAUGUUGUUAUCAACCUACAACAACAAUAAAAAGUAGAACACUAAACCAAAGAAACCAAUAUAUUUUAACAACAACAACCAUAACAACAGCAACCUCCACAACAACAUCAAAUGCAGAAACCCUCACAACAACACCAACAACGACUACAUUAUCACAUGUUCUACAUUCUCUAUCAUCUUACAAUUGCCGUUCUUCGUUUGUCACUGUAUUCUUAAUGGGUUAUUUACUGUUAGUUCAACAUUAUGCCAUGGCUGCUCCACAAUCGUGUAUACUCUGUGAUAAAAAUGAUUUACAAGCCAAAGAUCCACAAACAAAUUAUGAAGAAUUUCUAUUUGAACAUCAGGUGACGAGACAAGAUGCGAUAAACGCUUUGAGGCAAUUAAAUGAGAGUUUUUAUGAAGGAACCGCCUCGGAUAGUUCGUGUAAUGGUGUCCGUUGUACGGAAAAAGUUAUGAAAUAUUGUUUGGGACCACAAUUUAUAAAUGAUCAUUGUUGGUGUGAGGUGGGCCACAGUACGGAGGGUCUACCUUUUGUUCCUCAUAUUUGCUAUGUGGGCGAGAAGAUAUAUAAAACCUCUGUGGGUUCCUGUUUCUUUUACGAAGAAGUCAAGGAUUGUUGCUGCUCCUCGCUUUUAGCAAAAGAAUGUAAGUAUUUGAAAAGAAAUUCAUAA